AUGGCCAAUUUUACCAGAGUGACUGAAUUUCUGCUUACAAGAAUUUCUGACAUGUGGGAACUCAGAAUCUUGCAUGCUAUGCUAUUCCUGUUGAUGUACGUGGCAACCUUACUGGGAAAUAUUCUUAUUGUCAUAGUAACCACUUUUGACAAGACUCUUCACACCCCUAUGUACUUUUUUCUAAGAAAUCUGUCUGUUCUGGACAUGUGUUACAUUUCUGUCACUGUACCCAAGGCGUGCAUCAUCUUCCUGCUUGAUAACCGGGUGAUCUCCAUGACAGACUGUGCAGCUCAGAUUUUCUUUGUGGUUUUGUUUGCUUUUAUAGAGAUGCUAUUCCUCACUAUUAUGGCCUAUGACCGUUAUGUGGCCAUCUGCCAUCCCCUCCACUACCCUGUGAUUAUGAACACUAGGAUCUGUGUGCAGAUGACGUUGGUUUCCAUAUUCAGUGGAGUUGUCUAUUCAGGAUUCCACACAGGCAGCACAUUCCAGUUGACCUUCUGUCAUUCCAAUGUGGUUCAACUGUACUUCUGUGACAUACCCUCUCUUUUGAAACUCUCCUGCUCUGACAUCUUCAGCAAUGAGAUGGAAAUUUUUGUUUCUGCAAUAUUAGUUGCAGGUGGAUGCUUUUUCUUAAUCAUCAUGUCUUAUGUUCAGAUAUUUUCUACUGUGCUCAAGUUUCCAACUAGAGGAGAGAGAGGAAAGGCCUUUUCCACCUGUGUCCCUCACAUUAUUGUAGUGACAGUCUUUGCCACCACAGGUGCUGCUGUGUAUAUAAAUCCAAUCUCUAAUUCACCUACAUUUCAGGAUAUGAUCAUUUCAGUGUUCUACUGUAUAAUCCCCCCUCUCUUAAAUCCUAUUAUCUAUAGUCUUAGAAACAAGCAAAUAAAGGGAGCAUUAAAAAGAAUAAUACGUGGAACAUUUUAG